AUGAAGUUCAACCCCGAGAACCCGCGCUACGUCUACACGACCUCUGUGGACGGUCGCUUCUUGUCACAAGACCUAGAGGGUCGGCAGUCGAACGUGUUUCUCGACACGCAGGACAUUUCCUACUGGUGGUGUAGCCUGGAUAUCUCCAGACAGUACAACGUCAUGUUUGUGGGAGGGAACACUGGCCAGGCUGUGCUACUAGACUCCCAAGGAGAAGUGAUAUGCAAGUACAAGAAGUUUCACCGGGGGAAAGUGAAAUAUGCCGAGUUCUGUCCGUCUGGACAUUGGUUACUAGCCACUGCAUCGGUAGACCACACAGCCGCUCUGUGGGACAUUCGGAUGCUCAGAUCGCAAUCUGGAGACUCUACCGACAGACCAGAGCCACUGUAUACUCUAGGGCACACUGCACCGGUGAACUCGGCAACAUUCGACCCACAUACGGGGAGCAGACUGCUCACCACGGCUCAGAACAGUGUCCUCCAAGUCCACGACGCCAGCUCCAAUUGGGAGACUGCGACAGUCGUGGUUUCUCAUCCUCACAGGCACUUCCAGCACAUGACAGACAUUGUCGCAACCUGGCACCCUCUCCACCAGGACCUCUGCGUCGUGGGGCGCUAUCCGGAGAAAACAGACGAGGAUCAGACGAGAACUGUCGAUCUUAUCGAUCUUGAAACGGGCAGUGGAGGUCGGGUAGUGGCCCAGCUGAGCAGCACACCGCUAAAGGGGAUUGUGAUUCUGAACAAGUUCAGUAGGUGUGGGCGUCGGCUCGCCUCGGGGAUGGGCUAUCACUGCCUCCUCUGGGGACCCGAGGUGAAGGAAACGAAGUGGUUGAAAGGUCACGGAGGUCGUCGCCCUGGAGAUGUUCUUGGAGGCGGGAGGCAAAAGAGGGGAGGGAGAAAGAGAAAGAAAGAUGAAGAUGAUAGCAGGGUAGCUAAGAAAUUGAAGAAAAUGACAGUUGAUGCAGGAAAAAAGAAGCGAGUCACGUAA